AUGGAUGAUGGAAGGUGUGGAAAUGGUGGUGGAAAUGAGGCUGCAGAGAAGGAUUCAUAUAUGAAAAAGCCAAAUCCAAUAAAAGACAUCAGCGAUUUUUACGCGACGAAGUUGAUUUUGUCUACGGGAUGGCUAGAUGAACGUGAGUUGCAUGUUGGGAUGAUUUUUGGAGAUAAAGAUGAGCUGGUUAAAGCAGUGAAGCUGUACUCUGAUAGAAGGCAAAGGGAGUACCAAGCUGACGAGUUUUUAUCUACUUUUCGAUGCAAGAAAAAGUGCUCAUGUACGUUGCAAUGCAGUAGAGGCUGCAGGUGGGUUCUCAAGGUAGCUGAAACCAAGAGCAAAGGCUUCAUGAUAACAGAAUAUGAAGGUCCACAUACUUGUCAGCAAGCAGAUGUGGGGUCAGAUUUUUUGGCAGGCUACACAGUCUCGCAUUCUAUUAUGUGGGAUGCUAAAAAGAAAGCGGCUAUUGCAAUCUUGGGAGAUUUGGACAAGAGUUUUAGUUUAUUGCCCAAGUUAAUGGCUGCCCUUUGCUCCUCUAACAAGAUGCUCUUGGAAUGGCAAUAUGAUCCUCAUCCUGAUCCCAAAGACGCAUCCUUUCGUUCUGUGUUUUGGGCGUUUCAACAGUCAAUUAAAGGGUUUCCUCACUGCAGACCUCUCAUUAUCGUGGAUACAGUAGACUUGAGCGGUAGCUACCCUGGGAAGCUAUUGGUUGCGGCAGGACGUGAUGCUGAAUGUAGGAUCUUUCCACUUGCCUUUGCGAUUAUUACCAAAGAAAGUCUCUCAGCUGAUAUUUGGCGUUGGUUCUUUGCAUGCAUCAGAAAGAAAGUAACUCAAAGGGAUGGCCUUUGUCUGAUAACAAGUCUUGAUCCUGACAUAGUUGCAGUUGUUAAGGAGCCUGAGUGUCAGUGGGCGCAACACCGAUUUUGUCUUAAGCAUCUGUGCUUAAAAUUUUAUGAUGUGUUCGGUAGCAAUCUCAUGGCAGAGUAUGUUUCCAAGGCUGGAUCCACGAAAUCCGUAGCAGUUGUUGAAUCCUUCUUAUUGACAAUCGAACAUAUGAAUCCAGAUGCUCGGAAAUGGCUAGACGAAAUACCUCGGCAUCAAUGGACUCUGGUUUAUGAUGAUGGCGGGAUGAGAUACGGAGUCAGGACGACAAACUUAAUCUAUAGGACAUAUGGUUUCAUAAACAACGCAGAUGAUCUUCCAAUCACAACCUGCAUCUUGCUAAUCUUUGAUCACCUGGCAGAGUGUUUCAAAUCUGCACGUGGUGGACUUAUGGAAUCACUGAACAGAAAAGACUUAUUUCCAAAAUUUAUUAUGGGAUAUCUUGAAGUACUUGGAGUACAAUCCAGAGCGCAUGAUGUAUUGCCAUUAGACGGUACCGGGGAGAAGUUUCAGGUCACGCAUGUGAUUGGAGAUGAAAAACCAAGACUUGUUGUUGAUCGCAGCGCUCGGUUAUGCACUUGUGGGGCAUGGCAAUGUUACAAGUAUCCAUGUUCACACAUGUUAGCGGUUUGCAGGUGGCUGAAAAUUGAUCAUUCGCAGUAUGUUGAUGAAUUUUACAGUACAGAAAGUUCUCUUGCAGUGUAG